AUGUGGUCGCAUCUUCCAUGGUUUCUUCUGGCAUGGUCCAUUGCUGUGCCAGUUCUGGCUCAGAUUAGCUCCAACUCUUCUGUACCAACAGGAGUUUACCCUUUCUCUGUGUAUACUCUGACCGCCGAGAAUAUCACCGCAAAAUUCAUCCCAUAUGGAGCUCGCCUAACUUCGUUACUGGUCCAGGACCGCAACGGUGACUAUCAGGACGUCGUGGCUGGAUAUGACAAUGCCACCCAAUAUCUGACCGACACAGAAACAAAUCAUACCUACUUUGGCGCUGUCGUUGGCCGAUACGCAAAUCGAAUCAAGAAUAGCACCUUUACCUUGAACGGACAGACUUAUCAUAUCCCCGCCAAUGAGAAUGCCGGCGCCGAUACUCUCCAUGGGGGUGUAGUUGGAUAUGACCAACGGAACUGGACUGUUGUUGCCUCUUCGAGCUCGAGCAUUACAUUCAGUCUACUUGACACUGGCUUCCAGGGAUUUCCAGGCACAGUCUUAACGACGGCGACUUUCACCCUGGGCACCUUCCCCAGUGGUCCGCAGGGUGAAGUCGGACCGCGAUUGACGAGCAGCAUGGUUUCGUCGGCAUUGGAUCAGGAGACACCCAUCAUGCUGGCAAACCACAUCUAUUGGAAUCUCAAUGCAUUCAAACAGGCAACAAUCUUAAAUGAUACGACUUUGUGGAUGCCAGAUUCCGAUCGAUAUAUCGUCGUGGACCCUAUCCUGAUCCCCACUGGCGCUCUGGGUGCUGUCUCGAAUGUGUCAGCCCUCGACUUCCUUUCCCCCAAGCUUUUGGGAGACGCUGUGGAUAACGCUACUGGCGUCUGCGGUGAAGGCUGCACGGGAAUUGACAACGCUUUCAUCUUGGACAGACCGGCUAAUGCAGGUCCGACAUCCUCAAAUUACCCUGUGCUUGCAUUGUGGUCGGAGACCACUGGCAUUCAGCUGGACGUGUCCACCAACCAGCAAGGUCUUCAGAUAUACACCUGCAAUGGCCAAAACGGGACAAUCCCAGUCAAGCAAAGCCAGCAGCAAAGAAACAAUGGCACGCAGGGCGCAGCCAAGUUUGUGAAUCAACACGGGUGUGUUGUGAUCGAGACUCAGGCUUGGAUCGAUGGGGUCAACCAUCCCGAAUGGGGAGUCAGCAACUACGAGAUCUUUUCUCCCACAACUGGACCAGCGCUCAAUUAUGCAACGUAUGAUUUCUCAACAUUUUGA